AUGAAAAAUUAUAUAAAGCAAGAUCCUUUAUACAGUGAUGCUGCAAGAACAACUGAAAAUGAUGAUAAACCUGUGAUGAAACCUUCAUUACGAAUAAAAUCCACUUCUUUUUUUCACAUCUUUCGAUUUGCAACAUUAUUUGAUUAUGUUCUCAUGACAUUAGGAACCUUCUUUAGUAUGUUAAGUGGUCUGAUAAUUCCUCUCAUGUCGAAUUUCCUUGGCGACAUAUUUGAGGUGUUCACGGAAAGAGAAACUGGAAUUAUAACCAAACAAACAUUUGACCGACGAAUCAAUUCCUUGUUACUUAAUUUUACACUGUUGGGAAUCGGUUCUUUUAUACUUAUAGCUUGCAUGAUCACGUGCUGGUCGUGGACUGGUGAAAGGCAAGCAAAACGAAUGAAGUUGAUUUAUUUUAAUUCCUUAUUAAAAAUGGGUAUUAGUUAUUUUGAAGUAAAUGAUGUAACCUCUGGUGGAUUAUUAACAAGUGUGAAUAAAGAUACCGAAGACAUAAAAACCGUCAUAUCUGAUCAUUUAGGAUCCUUUAUUCAAUAUGUUGUCAUAAUAUUAAGUUGUUUUAUAUUGGCCUUCACGAAAAAUGCCAUUCUUACCCUCGUGAUAUUAGCUUCGAUCCCACUUGUCUUUGUUACGAUCGCUUUAACUUCCCGUAGUGCAAACCCAUUAGUCGUAAAAGAACGUGACCUUUUUGUAAAAGCCGGUAAUAUACUUGAAAAUGCCCUCGCAGCCAUCAAAACAAUUCGAGCAUUUAAUGGAGAAGCAAAAGAAGAAAAGAAACAUUAUGAAUGCUUGCAAGAAGCAAAUGAUAAUGUUUCGGCUCGACUGGCAUGGGUGUAUGCCAUUAGGGCGGGGCUAAUACAAUUUUUGACAUUAUCCUUAUUCAUUCAAGGGUUUUGGUUUGGUUCAAUAUUAGUAGCUGACAAAAAAUUGGCACCGGGUGGUGUAGUUAGCGUAUUUUAUGCAAGUUUAUUAGGGUUAACUAAUUUAGAACAGUUAUUUCCCAGGCUAAUCGCAAUGUCAAAAGCGAAGAAUGCUAUACGCGUCAUAAACGAAUUAUUAGGGAGGACGUCAAUGAUGAAUCUUCAACAUCUGAAUGGGGUUAAAUUACCUGAAAUUAAAGGGAACAUAAAAUUCAAUCAAGUAAGUUUCUCAUACCCUAGUCGUCCGGAUGUGUCAGCAUUGAGAGGGGUUACCUUAAAUAUUCCGGCGGGAAAGACGACCGUAUUUGUUGGACAAAGUGGUUCGGGUAAAUCCACCAUAACUCAAUUAAUUCAAAAACUUUAUGAACCGAGCAAUGGUUUGAUCUUAUUAGAUGAAAGUGAGCUAAAAAUAAUUGACACCACUUGGCUGAGACAGCAGAUCGGUGUCGUAAGUCAAGAACCCGUUCUCUUUGAUGAUACCAUUUUCAAAAAUGUUGCUUAUGGAAGAGCCGAUUAUUUGAAUGUGACGAUGGAUGAGGUCAUUCAGGCUUGUAAACUCGCAUGCAUUCACGAAACUAUUGAAUCUCUUCCAAAUGGUUAUGAGUAUCAUUUAAGCCAUAUGGGCAAAAACCUUUCCGGAGGUCAACGUCAAAGAAUUGCGAUCGCUCGAGCCCUAAUCAAAGAUCCGAGCAUUCUUAUAUUGGAUGAGGCAACAAGCGCGCUCGAUUUGACUUUAGACUCAAAAGUACAAGAAGCUCUCGAGAAUUGUCGGAAAAAUCGAACUACAAUUGUUGUCACGCAUCAUCUAAAACAUAUUCGUGACACGGACUUGGUUUACGUAAUGCACGAGGGUGAAAUCGUAGAGUCCGGAACAAAAUCCGAAUUAUUGAAUAUUAAUGGACAUUAUAGUAACCUUGCAAAUGAAUAUCACCUAGAUCCAAAACGUAAUACGAAUGAAUUGAACAAUAUUGAUUUUAGAUUAAAGAGGCGUUUUACGUUAGGAUUACCAAGUAGUGCAAGAAUGGGCUUCAUGUCAUUUGCUCAUAAGGUUACCACCACUACCCUUAAACGUUCUCAACGCGUCCAAAAGGGUCAAACGAGGUGGAGACAAUCCAUUCUCGAUGAAUAUAGUGAUAAUAACAACGUGAGCGUCAAAAGAACAGCGACGCAAAGAACCAUAAACGAUAUUAUUAGCUAUUAUGAGAAUAUGAGUGGAGAACCCGCGGAAACUUACUCUGAUAGCCGCACUUCCCUAUACGAUAUUCUUAGUUAUUAUGAGGAGAAUAUUGACGGAGAUAUUGUAAACGUCAUUGUAACAAACUCCGAUGAAUCAUCAACUACUAAACAGCCCAAAUUGAACCUCUUUAAAUUUAUAAGAGAAACUAUGGAUAAAAGAAUGCUUUAUACGAUUGGUAUUUUUAGUGCAUUAAUAAAUGGAAUUGUUAAUCCCGCAUUCUCAUUUGUCUUAUCAAAUCUAUUAAAUACGUAUUCAAUACCCAACAGAAAUGAGCUUCUCAAAAAUUCAAGAAUAUUGGCCAUCUAUGUACUUUUAAUUUCCGUGGUAUUGGGAGUGUCUGCAUUUUUCAAGUAUUUGUUGCUUGAAAGAGCGUCAGAACGAUGGGCAAUUCGUUUAAGGCACAUUGGAUUUGGAAACGUGAUACGUCAACCGCAAUCAUGGUUUGAUAAAUCAGAAAAUGCUACGGGCAAAUUGACUACGAUGCUUAUUUCAGAUUUUCAAACGGCGAAAUCUCUAAUUGGACAUUUUGUCGGAAAUGUUAUCGUUGAAUUGGUUUCAAUUAUUGGUGGAAUGAUUUGGUCUUUGGUGGUGGGAUGGAAAUUAACUUUGGUCGGAUUCGGGUUGGUUCCCGUUUUACUAUUAGUUUCGGAAUUACCUAAAUACAUUUUACAAAAAUACGAUUCGAAACAAAAAAUUGCGAUCGAAGCUGCGGCAAAUGAAUUUUAUCAAGCCAUCUCAAACAUUAGAACCGUUUAUUCUCUCGCCGUUGAAUCGGUCAUGGAAAGUAAAUUUCAAACGGCACUCCAGAGACCUUUCCUGAUUGGGGUCAAAAGGGCAUUCAUCUCUGGAUUAUCUGCGGGAUUUUUGGAAGGGUUGACAUAUUUAACCAAAGCGAUAACAUUUUGGUAUGGAGCUCAAUUAGUCUCACAAGGAGUUUACGAUCUUAAAACGAUGCUGACGGUUUGGACUUUGGUUAUCUUUUGCACAUCUUCUGCUUCGCGAAUCCUUUCUACAAUCCCGUAUUAUUCAAAGUGUAAACAAGCCAUCAAAUCUAUUCAGUACAUAAUUAAUCUUCCAACCGUUCCGAAUGACGUUGGCGUUCGUCCUGACAACCUGCAGGGCGCGAUUAUAUUUAAGGAUGUAAACUUUUCAUAUCCUGAAAGACCUAAUGGUAAAAUUAUUGAUGGAUUAAACCUAACUUUGGAACCCGGGAAAUCCGUUGCUCUAAUAGGAAAAAGUGGGAACGGGAAAUCGACCAUUGCCGCCUUAUUACAGAGAGUUUAUGAACCAACAUCUGGAUCGAUCACGUUAGAUGGUGAGGAUAUUAAAGGUAUUCAAUUAAAAUGGUUAAGAGAGAAUAUCGGGAUCGUUAGUCAAGAACCGGUAUUGUUUGAUAUGACCAUAUCAGAAAAUAUCUCGUAUGGUAAAGAUGAUGCAAGUCGAGAAGAAAUUGAGAUGGCCGCUAAACAAGUCAACAUGCAUGAUUUCAUUUCAUCCUUACCAAGGGGUUAUAACACAAAACUUGGUACAUCAGGAUCUCAAUUGUCAGGGGGAGAACGUCAAAGGAUCGCAAUAGCAAGAGUUUUUUUAAGAAAUCCAAAGAUUCUUAUACUUGAUGAAGCUACAAGUGCAUUGGACACAAAAAAUGAGUCUUUAAUUCAGGAAACUUUAAGCAAGGCUCAACAAGGUCGUACCACUUUGGUGAUAACUCAUCGUUUAAAAAAUGUCAAAAAUGUGAGUAAAAUAGCGCUCGUGGAACAUGGUCAAAUUGUAGAAUCUGGCACUCAUAAAGAAUUAAUGUCACUUCGUAGAGAAUAUUUUGAAUUGUUAAGGAGUGAUAAUUCAUAUGACCAAUGA